AUGUCGGCUGAAUCGCCUGAUAUCGCGUCUGCUAGCACAGCCCCUGUGCCCCCAGCACCAGCAGGUGGCGAGAGCCCAACCCCGUCAAUUCAAUUAUCCCAGUGGAACCCAGAAUUGAGUGAAGGUGUUGCCCCAUUUCUAUAUCUAAACCAACCAUUGCCACAGUCGGCUCCCCGUUUGGGGCCGAGCCGGGGCCGGCAAGGCCCAAGCGAACUUCCUCAUCAUUCUAACAUGCCGCCAAGCAGCAUUGGCGCCGAUCGACAUGGGCACAGGGACUGCAAUGGCGGCAGCAUCGCUUAUGUAUGCGAACGAGGACCCGUUGAGAUGCCUGUGAAUUCCUCUGCAUGGGCCCGCGAAAUCUCGGGGAACCUAAGCCACACUUCGUUUAAAUAUACCCAAUACCCAAAUUUGCUGCCGAUGAGCACAGAGCAUCGGCUUGAUUUUGCAAAGCGGUCUCUGCCUUUCCCCCGCCGAAUGUAUUCACACGUUUCAGAAACAACCGACCGUGUUUGUGUUCUCCUUUGGCGGGCUUUUGCCCUCAAAUUGAGAUAUCCUCUAAUGACACUCAUAGGCAUUGUAGCUCCAGUCGCUCUGGUGGUGUCUGCGUGCAAAAUACUCUCUCACUACCAAAAUAUAGAGGUGAAUUUUUUGCCCGCGAAUAUGUCGGUAGACCCAUUUAGCAGGUGCAAUUUUGGGGCCUACACCAACCGAACCACAAAAACAAGAAGAGGAAGCGAUCCGUGCUUUUCCCCAUCUAAUCUCAUGCCUCCUUUUGGUAGACGUUACGACGGCCUCCACUUGAUGUACCUACCGGCUAUCUUGCACUCCGGGGGUUAUUUAGCCUUCGUAGACAAAGCAGGAUCUGACUGCCAGCAACUCCGAAAGUUCCUAGGGGAAUUCGCACAGACUGUCAGCCCCUACCUCAUGGAACGCACUCUGGAGUCCCAGCUGUUUAUCACCUUUCCAUCAGAAAGAGCAUUAGAAAAAUACAGACGUGAAGCAGCCGCCUACAAAAAGCGCCCAAUAUAUUCGGCAUUCAUUUGCAGAGCGGCAGCUCCAGGAGGCCUCGACAUCACGAUCCGUAUGCACGUUCGCCGGGGGACGCCGCGGUCGAUUGCAAAUCACACAAUCAGGCCUUUUCAUCGAUAUUACACUGGAUACGACUCAAUGACAUAUUUUGGUGGCACUAACUUUUUGCUUAAGGCAGACACAAUCGGCACGGAAGCACAAGAUAAACCUUAUGGCCAUUUGACUGGGGGAUUCCUUGAUCUCCUAACACUUGUGCACACUUUCAACCUCGACAGAACAGGAGUUCGAAAGCUCUUUCCUGGAUCUAUUGUACCGCAACAGCAAAAACCUCAGUGGCUCCGCAUCUCAGAGACCUUUUACAAGAUAUUUGACUACUUUGGCCGAAUUCCAGUUCUAAAUAGCAUCAUGUACUCAAGGAAUAGCAUCAAGCUAUUGAGGAUGCUCCUUGGACAGGCGGAAAAACACUUGUCCGAGAUCCUUGCCCUCGUCCUUUGUAUUUCGGCCUCUUCUAAUGAAGACCAACCUCAGGAUGUUCGAUACCUGCUUCCUGCCUUCUUGGCGGGCCCUGGGUAUGGCGCCGUCCGGUUGUACACGCACCGUGCAGUGCAAGCUGGAUGCGAUAGUGAAGCUCCUGCUAUGAAGGUCUUGGAGUCGCUGUUCUACUCCCGCACAAAAAAAAUGGGUGCGGGGCUAAUCUUGGCAACUGGUGGUCCGUUGCACCAAGUGCUACGAACUUUCAGUUCUCCUGUACGCACGGCCUAUGCCCCCGUUAUGUUUAUGGAGUCAGGAAUGCCAUUUACCCCUGCGACGGUUACCUCUCGUUUCGGCAAACCGGACUCCUGCUGUGCACCUUUCGUCGUUCUGUUCGUCUGCAUCCUUUGGCAAGCUGUGAAGGCUAUAAUGGUGGAUAAGGAAACUGGAUUCAAAAACAUGCUCAAGAUAUUGGGGAUCUCAGACAAGGUCUUGUGGUUGUCUUGGUAUAUCUUCUUCAUCAUUUACAGCUUGCCAAUGCUUUUAUUAGUGGCUUUUGUGUCUAAGUGUUAUGCCUUUACUCUAAGUGAUAUAUGGUUUCUCCUGACGCUGUUGGUGCUGGCGCUGAUGGCUACCAUUUCCUUCGCGUUAUUCGUCACUGCAUUCUUUACCGACGGAAACUUAGCAGCAAUGGCCGCAUGUGCCUGGUGUACACUCAUUUGGGCACCUGUCGUUUGUCAGUGGCUUGGAAAUGAAGCUUGGAGUCCCAGUGUACAGAGAUUCUUCAUGGCGUCCUGCCCUGUCGCAGCACUUGGUGUGGGCAUCGAUAUUGCAUGGCUCUUUAAUGAGCCAUACACUGGUGGCAUUCGAUCAUCUACAGCCAACCUCCCAGCUCUCGGUGUUACUAUAGUGGACGUAUAUGCUACCUUGAGCAUCAGCACGGCAGUUUUCUUUCUCUUCGGCGCAUACCUACAUAAGAUCUUGCCAAACAGCCCAUUGGAUGGGUUUUGUUGGCUCCUUGAAUCCUUCUUUGCUGCAGCAUCAAAUGGUUGCCCUGAGCAUCCUCUAUUCCUAUUAAUUCGCUUGAACUCCUGGGCGCGCCAAUGCUGCAAUGCAUGCGGUCGUCUGCUCGCAUGCCCCUGGAGCUCCUGCCCCAGGGACUCCUUAGGUUUCUGUUCUUCAUUAAAGAAUGCCCCCUGCCUAGCGAAGUAUAGUGCAAAAAACAAGGACACGCCUCUACUCGAUGUACGUGGAGUUUGCAAGACCUUCUCAACCUGGCAGGCGAAGAAAUGUAGUAGGGGCUCACUGCAGGCAGUUAACAGGGUCUCUUUUUCGGUGUACCGCGACGAAAUCUUUGGCGUUCUGGGCCAGAAUGGCGCUGGGAAGUCCACCCUCAUUUCUGUCAUCACUGGAUCAAUAGCUUUCACAGACGGGGAUGUAUUUAUCGAAGGGCUCUCCAUGAAGCGACAGCCUACCUAUGCAAGGCGCAAUAUUGGGUACUGCCCUCAGUUUGACGUACUGCUUCCCUAUUUAACUGUUGAGGAGACACUUUGGGUUUACGCUUCACUGCGAGGCGUUCCAAGGAGUCACCGAAAAGAGGAAAUAGCAGAGCUGAUGAACAUGAUGAAGCUCUCGGAAAUGGCAAAGGUUCGAAUAGAAGCUUUAAGUGGCGGUUGGCGCAGACGUGUCAGCAGCACUGUUGCAUUUCUGGGGGACCCAGCUGUUGUAUUUCUUGACGAACCCACGGCAGGAAUGGAUACCCUCUAUCGACGGACUUUCUGGGACUCCGUUCGCUGUUUAAGCCGUAGUAGAUGUAUUGUUCUUACAACACAUAUGAUGGAGGAAGCAGACUAUCUCUGCGACCGCUUGGCCAUUAUGGUGGACGGAAGAAUUGCCUCGGCGGGGGCACCUCUGAUCCUAAAGACUCGGUUUGGGAGAGGGUACAUAAUAUCUGUUAUCUCCCGGAAGCAAGGUCAUCGAGAAGAACAACAGGCAAAAAAAAAACUACGGCAGCUGCUGCACACGUUAGAGCAUCCCCCUGCCAUUCAGGAAAUAUCCGGGCAUGAACUGCGGAUUUUUUCUCCGUUCCAUCACUCCUUCCAGCUUCCAGUGUACGCUUAUAAGGCCUUUCUUUUGGCAUUCAUCUCGCUCUGUCCAUGUGCGCCACGUACCGGACCGAGGACUGAGAACACUCAACCAUCUUUUGCUUUCAAAACACGCGUAGCUCUCUCAGAGCUCUUUGCGGAACUGGAGAAAAACGGCGAGCAGUAUGGGGUAGAAAGCGCUGUCCUGGGUUUUGGCUCUCUUGAGGAAGUGUUCUUAAAUGUCGUAAAACUCGCGAGGCAGGAACAGGAGCGCGCCGCUCAUUCCUUAGGACUAGUAGAGACAACAAACCCGGACGGAGAAUCCCUAGAAAACGCGGCAAAUACACGGGAAUCUGCAUGCUCAUCUCCCAGUUGCGCUAUCGAGCCAGGCUCUCCACUUGGCUUUACUGAACCCGAUAAAAUUAUAUGCAUCGCUGAUAAAUUCGGCCAAAUGGCUCGAAACGGGCUCAGUUGGGCUGCUCCCGAGUCUGGCACCUCGUUCCAUGGCUCUCGCCGUAACACGGUACACGUAACCGCUCUGUCACUACGCGGUUCAGCGUUGCUUGCCACUAAGGAAAAGUGCGAAGGGCUGUUCCGGGAUGCGUCGAUUAUGGGAGCCUUGCUGAAGAAGCGCGUUCGAUUUCUUUGUCGGGGCUUGGACGUUGAUGCUGCGACUAUUGUUGCUUGUGCAGACUGGGUACAUGUGACUAUUUCCUUUUUCAUCCCGCUUAUGCUGAUGGGAUUGACACUCUAUAUGCGAGCAGAGAAGUCAGAGCCACGCGUGCCGCUGAAUGGGCAACAAUUACUUGCCUAUCGGCUCUCAAAACCCAUCCACGCAGAAGUGCCUUAUGGAGGAGAAGGUUGGGUAUUAGGGACCCUCGACAACUGUAAUUCUCCCGCCAUGACCCACAAUAACGUGUCUGAUAAAGUCAAGAAUAACAAUGAGAUGUAUGAUUUUCUCCUUGACGGCUACACUGGCCCUCAUCUGCCUCGCUACGGUGCCUAUGUUGUAAGGGGACGACAGCCGGAUAUCUCUGAUACUGCCAAUCAGCUUGAAGUUACCUUAUGGCACAACGCAACACUAAGAGAUGCUGUGCCCCUUCACUACAGCCACCUGUUAAAUUGUAUCGCGCAAGACCGCAGGGGACUCCCCAAUUCUGUAUUUGUCAGCAAUCAGCCGUUCGCGGACACAGAGGAUAAAUUCAUGGACGCCCUUAUCGUGGCAUUCUUUACAAUUAUCGCUUACUCUUUCGUGGCAGCCGGUAUCGGGAAGGCUUGCAUUGUUGAGCGAGUACGGAGAGUCAGACAUCAGCAGAUCCUUUUUGGGGUGACUCCGUUUCACUAUUGGGCCUCCAGCUACUUGGUUGACAUGAUUUUGCUUCUUCUCCCUUGCUUCAUCAUCUUUGGGAUGAUAAUGUGGGCAAACAUUACUCCUUUGGUCGGCCAGCACCAACGAGGAAUUUUCCUGCUUGGCACUAUAUUAUUUUGUUUAUCCGUUUGCCCCUUUGGCUACGCGAUAUCUAUGGGACUUGAUUCUCCAAUGACAUUCGUCAUUGUAAUGCUAAUUUUGGGCUGGUCCCUCCCCUCACUUCAAGUUCUGUUUACAGAGGUCAGCGGCCUGCAGGGAAUCUACAGCAAGUAUCUGAGAUACUUCCUAAUGUUUCUUCCCCAUGCUGCAUUAUGCGAGCUGCUGAUCAAUCUAGGAAUGAUGAACCAGCUAGCAUCUGGAACGAUGAAGGCGGAAGAAUUGGUGAACUGGAUGGACUUUCACAAGACCGGGUGUCCCUUGUUGUAUUUGGGCCUGACCGUGCUGCUGAACUGGACAGUCUGCAUAAGCGUUGAUUGGAUCACAAACUAUCCUAUGGGCAAACCAAGACUAGCCAGGGCCCUGCCGUCUAUUGGAACUUUGUUCAAGCAUUUGGCCGGUCUGCUCCAUUGCCAACUGUGUGAAGGGGCCCCGCAAACUUGCAGUCAGGCCUGCAGAGUACCAGAAGAUGUGCCAAAAUCCACAGGACAAUUCACACGCCGGAUGUCGCCCACCGAUGAGGGAUAUGCAUUCCAAGGCAGAGUUGCAGAUAUCAGCUGUAAUAUUAAGGCUGCUGGUUUCACGGUUCAACUUAUUGGGGAACCACCGUUGUCCUCUUCGAUGUUCCAGGAUGAGGAGGCCAGGGCUGCGAGGGCUGUCAGCCGCUUGCGUCAGCGUAGCAAGAGAGACGGAUUUGCGUCCUCUACUGUCCCCCAAAUUAUCAAAAACAUUAAUUCAAAACGUUUCCCACGGGGUCAUUGUUCUGCCAUCGACUCCCCUGUUGGGGAUCAAGAGGAACUGGAUAUUCCGCUCGUUGUUUACCGACUAAAAAAGACGUAUCGGGCCCCCUUUCUCCAACGUUUCUUCUCCUUCUGCUGUCUCCCUUUUAGGAAAAGGACCGGACAUCCCCUCUGUUGCUGCUGCAAACUGGCACAAGCGACGCAAGCCCUACAAGGCGUCUCCUUUUGCGUUCCAAAGGGGAAGUGCCUUGCUUACAUAGGAGUGAACGGUUCAGGGAAGUCCACAACGUUUAAUAUCCUCAGCAGUCUCGUGUGUCAGUCUGACGGUUCUGUUUUUAUUAGCGGCUGGGACACCCUCAUCCACCCACAAAAAGCAAGGACAAAACUGAGAUACUGUCCCCAAACAGAUCCACUUUUGCCUACGCUUACAGGGGCAGAGCAUGUGUACCUCUAUGGUUCUUUGCUAGGUUUACGAGGAAGAGAGCUAGCACAAUUUUGUUCUGACUUCUUUGACGUGAUCGGCUGCAAGCAAUACAUGCACAGACUGGUCAAUUCAUACUCAGGGGGCACCAAGCGCAAGCUCAGCUUGGGCAUUGCAAUGCUUGGUGACGCGGAAUUGUUGCUUCUAGAUGAACCCACAUGUGGCGUAGACCCCGAGAGUCGGCAGGCUUUGUGGCGAAUGAUUGAAGACGCAAAAAACUGUAAAACCGCUGGCAAAGCGAUCAUUUUGACCUCUCACUCCAUGGAGGAGUGUGAAGUAUUGAGCGACAAAGUUGGGAUCCUUCACAGAGGCAAGCUGCUGUGCCUUGGCACUUCUGCUGAGCUACGGGCAGCGUAUGGCCAUGGUUACCAAAUAGAAUGCGUCUUUGUCGCCGCUGAUGUCGCCGAGAACCCAGCUCUUCCGCAGUGCUUUGUAGCUGCAUUGAAGAAGAACCUCCCGACACUCCGCCUGGUACACCGAAUGGCUUACAAAAUCACUGUCUCAAUAGCAAAGAAAGAAGCGUCUCUCGCAGCGAUCUUCCGCGAGAUAGAUACAGCCAAGGCAGCGUUUGCCCUCGAAGCCUACGCUGUAUCAGAAACAACUUUAGAGGAAGUGUUCGUCGAAGUCAGCCAUCAAGCAGAUCAAAACGAUAACCAAGCCUAA